AUGGUCUGGCUCAGCGGCCGCCUGACGACGCACUACUACUACAACUCGUCCCGGCAGACGUGGCCAGACGGCUACUCCUUUGCCGGCGCCGGCUCGGGCUCUCUGGGGCAGCAGCAGCAGCAGCAGCAGCAGCAACAAAGCCGGGUCGGUUCCGGUGCUGCUGGUGCUCAGGGACGGCAUCUGAUCCCGCCCAACAUCUGGCAGAUUGUGCUGCCCAAGGCGCAGCCCUACCGGUGGGAUCUCAAGCACGUCCGCAUCGACCCGCGGCAGCUCGAGAACACGGCGUCGUGGCUGGCCAUGAACCCCGACUGGCAGUACACCCUGAUCGGCCAGAGAGGAGGCGACGACUUCGUCAACAGCCACUUUGGCGCCGGCUCGCGCAUCGCCCAGGCCUACCACAACCUGACCAACGUGGGCAUGAAGUCGGACCUGCUGCGCUACCUGGUGCUGGGCGUCCAGGGCGGCGUCUACACCGACACCGACACCGUCGCCCUCAAGCCCGUCGACGCCUGGAUCCCGCAGCCCGUCCGCGACCGCGCGCGCCUCGUCGUCGGCAUCGAGUUUGACCGCCGCGACGGCGGGCCCUGGGCCGACAUCCCGCACUGGCUGCAGUUCUGCCAGUGGACCAUUGCCGCCGCUCCGGGGCAUCCCGUCUUCGGGAGGAUGGUCGACCGGGUGCUGCGCUCGCUGGACGACUUGUCGGCUGCGCAUGGCGGCGUGUCCGUCGAGGAGCUGCGUCCGGAGAGCUUCGAGGUGAUGAACUCGACGGGGCCGGCGGCCUGGACGGACGUCGUCUUUGAGCAGCUGCAGGAGUACAAUCCGCUGCUCAACGACACGCAAGACUUGUCGUUUAUGGAGGAGCCGACGCUGAUUGGGGAUAUCUUGAUCUUGCCGAUUGAUGGCUUUGGCAUGGGCCAGGAUCAUUCGGCGAGCACGAAUGACGGGAGCAUUCCCGAGGCGGCCAUGAUGCGGCACUUGUUUACGGGGUCGUGGAGGGAUGAGUAAGGGAGGGAGGGUGUGGUGUGGUUUCUUUCUUUUGUGGAUAUAUAUAUGUACUGGGAUUUGGAUUUGGUGUACAAAGCGCUUUUGGGGGUAUUAUAUGACUUGGGU